GUAUGUCAAGCAGAACAUUGUGGCGCAAUUCCCGGUAUUCAAAGCCGUGGCGCAGGCAGUGAAGACGGAACCUUUCAGCGUCACCUGUAUGGUGCGGUUUGCACCGAUACCAACAACUGCAAAAGCCAUGGGGCUUGCGGCUGUAGGGGUCCCCUUUGGCCCUUUCCUGCUGGCGUCCAGCCUUUUCGGAGCACCCUGGAGUGUUCUUAGCGCAGUGGUUGGCUCUUCUCUCGCCUCGUUGCCUGAGGUGCUGGAGGGACGCGGAGACGAGAAGAUGCGUGAGCUGAUGCAGUCCUGGCGUCAAAAGCCUGCCCUUGCAUCCGU